AUGAUGAUUAUUAGGAUGCUCAUGGAUGAGAUCAUGCACAAUUCGCAAGUCUUUCCAUCUCUCUUUGGAUGUACCAAAUUGCAAAAUUCAUCGUGGCUGCCAGAGAAGAUGCCUGGUGAGGAAGAUGCUCCGUGGGGCGACACAUUCGCCUCCAAUAUGGUGAUUUCUUGGGUAUUGGUGUUGCUGCUGGCCACGCUAUGUGCGGUUAGUGCACGUCCGGAGCCACCAGUGAACACUUACCUGCCCCCAUCGCCAUCCUAUGCUGCCCCUGGUCAACAGGGUAGUUCAGGAUUCGGCGCUGGUGGCAGCGGGGGAGGUUUCGGUCAAGGUGGAUCAUCAGGAAGGCCUUCUUCUUCAUAUGGCCCUCCAGGACAGAGCGGUCAGGGCGGAGGCUUUGGAGGUGACUCGCAACUUGGUGGUGGUUACAGUCCUGGUGGAGCUGGCCAAGGCGGGCCUGGAGGUUUUGGAGGUUCUCAAAGACCCUCAUCGAGUUACGGACCUCCUGGACAGACUGGUGGUUCUGGAUUCGGUGGACCAGGAAGCCAAGGACCAUCCUUUGGCUCAGGUGGAAGCUUCGGUGGCGGCUUCGGAGGUAGUUCAGGCCAACCUGGCUCACAGCGACCAUCUUCCUCAUAUGGACCUCCAGGACAGACAGGAAGUGGUGGAUUUGGACAACCAGGCAGUGCCGGAGGAUCCUUCGGUGGAUCUCAGAGACCCUCAUCAACUUACGGUGCUCCAGGUCAGGGAUUCGGAGGCUUCGGACAACCUGGCCAAGGAGGAGGAGCCGGGGGAGGUCCCAUUUCCAUUGGGGGUAGUUCCCAGAGACCCUCAUCCUCCUACGGACCUCCAGGACAAGACGGUAGUGGCGGAUUUGGUGGACAGGGCAGUGGAGGAUUCGGUGGACCAGGAGGUGCUGGAGGUUUUGGUGCCCAGAGACCCUCAACCUCCUACGGAGCUCCUGGACAACCCGGUGCCGGUGGCUUUGGCGGGCAAUCUCAAAGUGGACAAGGUGGAGGAGUUGGUGGAUUUGGUGGAUCACAGCGACCAUCUUCCUCAUACGGACCACCCAGCCAGGGAGGAUCCGCAGGUGGAUUCGGGUCAUCUGGAAGACCAGGCGGUGCUGGUGGAUUUGGCGGAACCCAACAGCCCUCUUCUAGCUACGGACCACCUGGUCAAGGACCCAGUGGAUUUCAGAGCCAGGGAGGGUCUCCUGGCGGCUUUGGCGGUCCCGGACAGCGACCUGGAUUCGGUGGUGGACAGACUCCUGCAACGUCUUAUGGAGCGCCGGGUCAAAGUGGAGGUGGUGCAGGUGGAUUUGGUGGACCCGGAGGAGCACAGCGUCCAUCGUCCAGCUAUGGACCACCUGGACAAUCUAGAUUUGGUGGAGCCGGAUCUGGAGGUGGUUUCGGAGGUAACCAAGGAGGACCAGGAGGACAAGCAGGAGGUGGAUUUGGUGGACAAGCCCCCUCAUCAAGCUACGGAGCUCCUUCAUUCGGCUCUGGUGGAAGUCAAGGUGGAUUCGGAGGAAGUCAGGGCGGUCAAGGAGGAGGAUUCGGUCAAGGUGGUGUAGGUGGUGGAGCUGGUCCUGGACAGGGCAGUGGCGGAUUUGGUGGAGAACAGGGAUAUCCACCACGUGGAGGACCUGGUGGCUUUGGACCUGGAGGCAGUGGCUCAGACUCAGGAAGCAAUGAACCAGCAAAGUACGAAUUUAACUACCAGGUUGAAGAUCGUCCCAGCGGUUUGUCCUUUGGUCACUCCGAGCAGAGAGACGGGGAUUACACAAGCGGUCAGUACAAUGUCUUGCUUCCAGAUGGUAGAAAACAAAUAGUAGAAUAUGAGGCAGAUCUAGGCGGUUACCGACCACAAAUUAAGUAUGAAGGUGAUAGUUCCGGAUCCGGUGGGGCUGGUGGAUAUCCAUCCGGUGGUCCAGGUGGUGCAGGUGGUGCAGGUGGUGCUGGUGGAUAUCCAUCUGGCGGACCAGGUGGUGCAGGUGGUGCUGGUGGCUAUCCAUCGGGAGGUCCAGGUGGUGCUGGGGGUCAGGCAGGUGGAUACUCAGGGGGAGCAGGUGGAUUCGGUGGUGGUUCUGAUGGAGGUUUCGGAGGAGGAGCUGGCUAUCCAAGAGGAGGACCAGGUGCUGCUGGUGGCGGCUUCGGAGGAGCAGGAGGUCCUGGAUUCGGAGGUCAGGGUUCCGGUGGUUUCGGUGGGUCAGGUGCUCCAGGUCAAGCAGGAUUCGGAGGUGGCGACAGUGGAUACCCCCGUGGAGGACCAGGAGCUGGUCAGAGUGGAUUCCAGGAUGGUAGGGGAGCCAUUGGAGAGGCCGGCGGCCAGCCUGGAAGUCGAGGAGGAUUUGGCAGCGGCGGACCUGGAGGACGUGGAGGUGCCUCAUCUGGCUAUCCCAGUGGUGGAUCUGAUGGAUAUCCAAGAGACAAUCCCUCAAAUCGAGGAACAGUACUUGGAGGUGGGAAUACGGCUACCGAAAAUGAGCCAGCUCAAACGGACGCGAUUCCAGAAAUCGAGAGUGUGAAUACAAAUUCAGGAACGGACGUAGAUCCCGGCACAAGUGGGUAUACAAGUAUGGAAGCUGAUAGAGAUAGUACUCAAGAAACAGGAGAUGCUACGACUACAGAUGAGCGCACAGAUGAUCCUGUAAAAACGGAAGAGGACACGCCUACGGAUGAGCGUACGAAUGAUACUAGAGAAACAGAAGAGGCUCCGGCUACGGGUGAGCGUACAGAUGAUAUUGGAGGAACAGAAGAAGGUGCUGCUACGGGUGAUCGUACAGAUGAUACCGGUGAAAGAGAAGAACCUACGGAUGAUACUAGAGAACCAGAAGAAGCUACGGCUACGGAUGAUCGUACAGAUGAUACUGAAGAAACAGAAGAGGCCACGGGUGAGCGUACGGAUGAUACUGGAGAAUCAGAAGAGGGUACGGCUACGGGUGAGCCUACGGAUGAUAGUGGAGAAACAGAAGAGGGUCCUGCUACGGGUGAGCGUACAGAUGAUACUGGAGAAACAGAAGAAGGUGCUGCUACGGGUGACCGUACAGAUGAUACCGGUGAAAGAGAAGAACCUACGGAUGAUACUAGAGAAACAGAAGAAGCUACGGCUACGGAUGAUCGUACAGAUGAUACUGAAGAAACAGAAGAGGCCACGGGUGAGCGUACGGAUGAUACUGGAGAAUCAGAAGAGGGUACGGCUACGGGUGAGCCUACGGAUGAUAGUGGAGAAACAGAAGAGGGUGCUGCUACGGGUGAGCGUACAGAUGAUACUGGAGAAACAGAAGAAGGUGCUGCUACGGGUGAUCGUACAGAUGAUACCGGUGAAAGAGAAGAACCUACGGAUGAUACUAGAGAAACAGAAGAAGCUACGGCUACGGAUGAUCGUACAGAUGAUACUGAAGAAACAGAAGAGGCCACGGGUGAGCGUACGGAUGAUACUGGAGAAUCAGAAGAGGGUACGGCUACGGGUGAGCCUGCGGAUGAUGCUAGAGAAACAGAAGAAGCUACGGCUACUGAUGAGGGUACGGAAGAUACUAGAGAAACAGAAGAGGCUCCGGCUACGGGUGAGCGUACAAAUGAUACUAUAGAAACAGAAGAAGCUACGGCUACGGAUGAGCGUACGGAUAAUACUGUAGAAACAGAAGAGACUACGGGUGAACGUACGGAUGAUACUAGAGAGACAGAAGAAGCUGCUGCUACGGGUGACCGUACAGAUGAUACCGGUGAAAGAGAAGAACCUACGGAUGAUACUAGAGAAACAGAGGAGGGUACAGCUACGGAUGAUCGUACAGAUAAUACUGGAGAAACAGAAGAGACUACGGGUGAGCUUACGAAUGAUACUGGAGAAUCAGAAGAGGGUACGGCUACAGGUGAGCCUGCAGAUGAUAGUGGAGAAACAGAAGAGGGUGCUGCAUCGAAUGAUCGUACCGAUAAUACUGGGGAAUCCGAAGUAGCUACGGGUGAGCGUACGGAUGAUACUGGAGAAACAGAAGAAGCUACGGUUACGGACGAGCGUAACGAUAAUACUGGAGAAACAGAAGAAGCUACGGCUACGGGUGAGCCUGCGGAUGCGGAUGAUACUGGAGAAACAGAAGAUAGUGCUUCUGCGGGUGAUCGUACAGAUGAUGUUGGAGAAACAGAAGAGGCUACGGAUGAUCGUACGGAUGAUAGUGGAGACACAGAAGGGGGUGCACCUACGGGUGAUCGUACAGAUGAUACUAGAGAAACUGAAGCAAAUACUGAUCACUCAAGAUCACUCGAUCGCCAAGAUUGCAAGAGGCAUGAUGUUGGGCAAAAUAUCUUGGCAAUUGUGUGCACUCUCUCCUGCCUGGUGUUGGUCAGUGCUGAGCCACCUGUCAAUGGCGGCAAUGGCCACAACGGCUACCCAUCCAGCAAUGCCCUCCAGACACCCACCAACUCCUACUUGCCCCCAUCAACAUCCUACGGCGUACCCAAUGGUCACAACAACCAUCAAUACCAGCCAAGACCAAGCAGCUCCUACGGUGCCCCAUCCAACGGUCAUUCCACCACCAAUGGCUACCAUGCCAGUCAGUCCUCCUUCCAGGCCCCUAGCCAGCAGUACGGUGCCCCCAGUCAGCAAUAUGGCGCCCCCAGUCAACAAUACGGCGCUCCUAGUCAGCAGUACGGAGCCCCAGCCGUAACUGGCGCCGUCUUCAAGCCACAGAGCACCUACGGAGCCCCAAGCCAGGGACACACCAAUGGAAACGGUUACAGCAACGGAAACAACGGAUACAGCAAUGGAAACAACGGAUACAGCAAUGGAUACGGAAACGGAGGUUACGAAUACAGCGAACCAGCCAAGUACUCCUUCGAGUACCAGGUUCUGGAUUACCCCUCUGGCAAUGACUUUGGUCACAUGGAGUCUCGCGAUGGUGACAAGACCGUCGGACGCUACUACGUUCUCCUUCCCGAUGGCAGGAAACAGGUUGUGCAAUACGAGGCUGACGAAAAGGGUUACAGGCCCACCAUCACCUACGAGGAUACCGGCAAUGGCAACAACGGUGGUGGAAACUAUGCUGCCAGCAACGGUUACAACAACAACGGACAAUUCCACGGCUACUAAAGAGCACCAUUGAGUACUUAGUGUAAAUCCAUGUCAUAUAUUUAUAGCAAUUUCUUUUCCACUGAUACCAAUCUUGGCCAGUUCUAAUCUUCAUCUGCCACUGUCUACCAACUUCUGCGAUUGAGCAGGAAGUACCUGCAUCGCACUGAAGUAUUAUUUAAGGAUUUAUUAUAUUGUUAAAUGUACUUAAUAGGCAAUAAUGUUUACAAAACGUUGACAAUUACAGCAUCGACCAUGGAAUACGAUUUUUGCAAACAAUAUCACCUUCUUAAUCUACAAGAAAAAAAAUCAUUUAAGAUUGUAUGGGAAAGAAGAUCUUAGACAAAAUACUCAGAGAUAAAACGGGUACUGCCCACCACUUUACUCACUAGAUCCAGAGAGAUGUUCAGUUUAGGAUGAACAUCUCUCUGCUUCACGAGUUGGAUGGCCCUUAUCCAUUUUAUUUUUUUUAAUAAAUUUAAAUGAUAUUAAAUUAACUAAUAACGUAGAUAUUAGAUGAUAUUGUAAUUCUUUGUAUAUUUUCUAAAGAGCAUUUAUAAUUUUCUUUGUGUAAAUAAUAGUAAAAAAAAAGCAUAGAAAAAGUGAAAAAAUGAGUGUGUACUAGAAGAGAUUGGUGCACACCGAUAAAACUGCCAUAAUUUUUGAGAGGAAUCAUCUAUUUAAAAAGAAAAACAUGAUCAUCGAAUUUGUUUAUCUAAGAGCUCUCUUAUAACACUCUCAUAUGUAAUAUUGUAUGAUUUUUGUACUCUUUUGUAUGUGUAUUUAAAGAAAUAAAGAAUUGUGCAUUUUGCAAAUGAAAAGCAAA